CGAGAAGUCGUGGGAUUUGCGCGUUGACAGCUGGACCGCCCUGCGCCUUCAUUGGAGGCGAGCAGCCAAGGAACCGCUUCCCUUUAAGAUUUUAUCGAGUUGCCAUUCAAUGUCCAGUAGCACAUGGCUGAAACUGCCCUGUGGCUGAUCCUGACAAUGCUUUCAACAAACCGCUCUGGAGGUGCAUGGGGAUGAAAUGGAUGGAGCCCAUGGCCAGACCAACGCACCAGCUCCCACCUCCCAGCAUGUCCAGCUGCAGCAAGUCUCCAAACUCUGGAGAAGUUGCAGGCUCUAACUCCAUGGCAUGGGUGAAGAUGUUCAAAAAACCUGGAGGAGGAUUGAAGAAGUCCUACCAGCCUGGGAGCAUGCUGUCUCUCGCGCUCACCAAAGGCCUGCUGAAUGAGCCGGGGCAGAAUAGCUGUUUUCUAAACAGUGCUGUUCAGGUGCUUUGGCAGCUGGACAUCUUCAGGAGAAGUUUGAGGCAGCUCUCAGGUCACUUUUGUCUCGGUGAUGCCUGCAUUUUCUGUGCUUUAAAGAGUAUAUUCAGCCAGUUUCAGCAGAGUAGAGAGCGUGUGCUCCCCUCCGACAGCCUGCGUAACGCCCUAGCUGAAACUUUUAAGGAUGAGCAACGCUUUCAACUUGGCCUGAUGGAUGAUGCUGCAGAGUGCUUUGAGAACAUCCUCGAGCGAAUUCAUUUGCACAUAGUUUCAGACACUGCAACUGAUGCUUGUUCAUCCAAAUCCUGCAUCACCCAUCAGAAGUUUGCAAUGAUGCUUUAUGAGCAGUUUGUGUGUCGCUGUUGUGGCGCAUCUUCAGACCCACACCCGUUCACAGAAUUUGUUCAUUAUGUCUCAACCACUGCUUUAUGCCAACAGGUUGAUCGCAUGUUGGGGAAGAACGAGCGGCUCAGGUCAGACAUGUUUGGAGAAUUGCUGCAGGCAGCAAACAACACAGGUGACCUCCGAAGCUGCCCGAGUGACUGUGGCCAGAGUAUCAAGAUCCGCCGUGUGCUCAUGAACUGUCCAGAGAUUGUGACUAUAGGAUUUGUAUGGGAUGCUGAGCAGUCUGAUCUUACGGAUGAUGUCAUUCGUUCACUUGGCCCGCGUUUGAACCUGUGUGGGCUUUUCAACCGUGUCACUGAUGAAAAUGCCAAACGGAGCGAGCUACAUCUGGUGGGGAUGAUCUGUUUUUCGAGUAAACACUACUCGGCUUUUGCCUAUCACACCAAAUCUUCAAAAUGGAUGUUUUUUGAUGAUGCUACUGUGAAGGAGAUUGGAUCCAAAUGGAAAGAUGUCGCCUCUAAAUGUAUCAGGGGACAUUUCCAGCCACUUCUUUUAUUUUACACUAAUCCUGAGGGAAGUCCAGUGUCUAAUGAAGAUGCACCAAGACAAACCACAAUGUGUCCCCGGUACAAAGCCCAAGUAAAUGGUGACAUGACAACAAAACAUCCCCUUGGCAGUCCUAACAAAUUCCAGGAACCUUUCAUGGAGAAUUUGCAGAGGCCAGGUGAAACGUCAAAAAAGGACAGAGGGCAUCGGAGAACUGACCCAUCACAACACAAAGAGAUGGCUCAUGCAAGAUCAUCACCUCCUCCAGAGAAUGGACUGAGGCCUCCUGCGGACCAAAAAUUAAAAAGCUAUCAACGCACUGAGAAGUCAUCAAACCAUUCAAGCAGAGGAUCUCAGGAGCCACGUGGACAGUCCUUGGGCACACAGGGUGGUGGGCAUGGCCAGAAAAACAACACCUCCCCAAGUCGCUAUGAUCAAGAUAGCUGUCAGGAACAAUGGGAAAAAGGUGUAAGUGGAGGAAGCCGCAAUAAAUCUAAGUCCACUUGGAGACCCAUCCGGGAGGUGUUGAAUGUGGACACUGUGCUGAACGAACUGGAGCAGCGCCGGCAACAGCAGCAUGACAGUCCGCGGCGCAGCAAGCCUUCCUCACUGGAAAGGGUGCACGCUGAACCAAGUCGAGACCAUGAGAGGGAAUAUGUACGAACCAGAGACGAUCGAAAGCAGAAGUGUUUAAUGACGAUUUAUGAGGAUGAGCAGAGGCUUGAGACUGAGAGCCACAGCUCUGUAGAGUCAGAGAGCAGGGCCAACCAACAGAGGGGCAGCAGGCUUAAAGGUGGCCCCAAGACGCUGCUGCGUAGUGACACCUGGACCAUUCAGAGGACAGAGUCUGGCUAUGAGAGUAGUGAUAGACUCAGCAGUGGCUCCACCAAUCCUGACUCACCUGGGGUUGAUGGCUUUGCUGUUAAAGACCAGAGAUCAACACCAGAGGCACAGUUGCAAAGCCAGCUGCAUCAAAAGGGAGGCGAUGCAAAAUCAAGUAUAAUGUCCUCACCUUCAUACAACGGUAAACAUCAACCCAAACCUCAGGGAAAGAACCAUGACCAAGUUUCACAUUCGCAUCUAAAGUGCAGUCCAAGUUCGAGACGGAAAUCAAAGUACAGUUGUAGCACCUCCAGGAAAGCAGUGUCUUCAGACAGGGAUUCUGCUGGUUCCGAUAACAGGCAGAGUGAUCAGCAGGAGCUGACAAACUGUAGAGAAAGUACAGCCCUGAGGCAUAUCACAAAAACCAGCAGCUCAGAAUGGAACAGCUCUGAUGAUCUUGCUCUCUCGGAGCCCGAGGAAAGAGAAAGCACUUACCGCUCCAGCAACAGCGAGGCCGUCGCCUCUGAUUCCCAGCGUCCUCAUAUUACCCCGCCAUACCACCCUCCCAGCAAUGUGACUGCAGAACCUCUUCAACUGAACAAUCAGCGUCAGCUCGGCACGACAGGGUCACCUCACCUUCGAUCCACCCAGCGGAUCUCUCCUCACCAAGGCGAAACAAGCCAUGCCGUGUUUCGUCCAAGGAUGCUUCAAGAACCCUUUCCAUCAUCUCCUCGCCUUUCAUCCACAUCCUAUGUUAGUCCUCACAGGAAGCCCGACAUGUCAGGCCUCCGAACCUUCUCAGAUGCAAGCUCCAAGUCUGGCUCUGACCCAGAGAGGAGUACCCCAUCGUCAUGUGAAAGCGAGGAAAGACUGACUGGAUGCAGAGCGGAGCAGGCGGUGCCAGCUCAAGAGGUUUCUCUAACAACAUACUUCAAUGUGGAUAACUGUAUGACAGAAACAUACCGUCUCAAGUACCACAACCAGAGGCCUCUUGUCCUCUCUGCCACGGUGCCACGGACAGUGGUUGCAACUGAGCGGAGAGAUACCAGCCACACACUCCCUGCUGACACACACUCACAAGAUGUGCCAAAAGCCAGACCUGAAACAAGCCAUAAUAGCAAUAAACCCACUGCAAAAUGGAACCCAGUGUCAGCCAAAGGACUGGAUGAUCAUGGUUUUUUAUGAGUGUUACUUGGUAAGUUUUGUUUACAAGGAUGGACAGUGGUCAGUGGAGUACUAACUGGAUGCCAAAGAGUUUAGAGAACGGAAAGAUGUUCAGAAGCCCGCCAUCUCCAAAUUGAGCGGAAUGUAUUUAUGCAAGGUUGUCACAUAAGUUAAACCUAUUUCUAAAUGCUGUCAUGUAUUGUGUGACAGAUUAUCAGCUAUUACAUAUACUGUCUUCCAUUGUCCUGCAGCAUUGCUGCAAGAAGAUUUAGUUUUAACCAAAAUCUGGACUGUUCUCAGUUUGCACAAAGAGUUUUUUGAGUCUUUUAAUCACCUUAUGUCAAGUUAAAAAUGUUUAUUUUUUUAUUUGUACAGUAGUUCUGCAGAAGAGCUGCAGAGUUGAAGAUAUAUACCGAUACAUGUAAAGUCAGGCAUGAGAGAUAAUGGUGAGCCACCAUUAGACUGAUUGUACUGUGGUUUGCACAGUAAUUAUACAAAGAUGACAGAAUGAAGUGUGAUAACAAAUCACAGCAUGAUAACAUGAAGGGAUAUGUGAAAGAUACUUUAUCAGAAUAUGAUGUCAUUCUAUAAAAAAAUGAAAUAAAACCUUCCGCAGCAGGUUAAAGGUAGUUCAUUUAAUCACACCAAAGGAGAGUGAAGUAAUAAUAUUGGAAAAGUUUUUUCUGGGCAGCUUACUGAUUUUAUGCACAUUGAGGGCUUUGGGUCACCAGGGAACAGAUGUUGCAACAUUCACUUAUAUUCGGUUACUGAUUAUUUGUUAUCAUUUAUCAGUUCUUUUACAACAUGUAUCUGUUAAUGAAUGACUGCAGGCUGCCCCGUAACAGCCAGCCUCCCAUUGGCUGUGAAAAUCUGCCAAGAAAGAUAAAUAAAUCAUUGCUUCAAAUGAUUUGUUCAUUUUGCUGGAACAUUAUAGGCACAUUUCAUGCCAUCAUUCAUAAAAAUGUAGAGAUCUUUGAGAGAAACAGACUGUGUUCAGUUUCGGUCAGUUACAAAGCCUAUCAUUUGUAGACUAUGACGUUCUGUAGCUGGGGCAGCCCUAAGGUUAUUCAGCAGGUCACUAUAUACGAUCAUGUAAACUUGUGUAUUCUACCUUCGAUUGUGCUGGUUCUUGUAAUCCUUUUUUGUAAUUCACAGUGAUGUCAAAUUGUAUUUUUUCAGUCUUCCUCUUCAAGUAGAAAGAUUUAAACAGGUCUGUAUUUGCAGGUAUUUUCAUAAAGAUGCCAAUAUACUUAAUAUGCCUCUCUGAUAUUAUUAUUGACCAUACAACACAAAAACACAAGUAUUCUUGUUAAUAAGAUUAAUGUUCUGAAACCUGCAUGUGGCCUUUACAAAGUCUUACUAGCUGUGUGUACAGCAUAAGCAUGAGCAUGAAAAUAUUGGACUGUGAGUCCAACAGACAUAAAUUCUAUUGGAUUUUACUGAAUUGAAAUAAAAUACAUUAAUUAAACAGCAUUUUGUAACAACAGUUGAUUUGGAAACUUUUUAACACUUGAAUGAUGUUCUAUUCUCUUGCUCAUGCCAGAACACAUACUUUUGUUUAUGCAUCCAUUGUAAAUAUAAACGGAUGAUGCAAACAAUAUGCUGGAAUAUGCCUGUCCAACACAUACUAUGCAUUCACUAAAAGUUACUUUAAGAUUACUUUAACAGCAGAUUUUGGUGUUUUUUAAAGCUUUGUAUUCUGUACAUCAGACAUUCCUGAGAACACAUAAAAAUCAGUGUUACUCAAUUUUCAAAUAUUAAUAUCAAUUUAAUUUUCUGGACAUUAAAUUGCCAAGUCUUUUCCUAAACAUCCUGCCAUUUAUACAUUAUACAUUCAUGUGUGUUUUCACUUGCUUUGCAUUUUUUUUUCAAGGUAUUGCUCUACUAUUGUCACUGCACAUACUGGCUCACAUUUGCUGUUUGUGUGUGUUGUGUU